CACCGGGGGAAGAGAGGAACCAAGGGGAACUUGGUACUUGGUACUCUUGGUAUAGUGGGAGCACGGUGUAAUGGAACAAGUUGACUCGAGUUUUUACUUCGCCUUACUCCAGAUCGUCCUCCUCGUCGUCGUUGCUGUCCACCUCCAUCGUUUAUAUCGUGCGCUCGCGAUGCAGCGUAAUGCACGAGAGUGAGUGCGACUAAUCGAGCAGAAAGUAUGGCACGUCCCAAACACAGAGCGAGCGCAGAGGUGUGCGCUGACUGCGGGGCACUCGAGCCAGGAUGGGCAUCAAUAAACAGAGCUAUUUUAUUAUGCGACGAUUGUUGUGGAAUUCAUCGUAGUCUAGGACGUCAUGUGUCACAUAUUAAAUCUUUGCACAAGGGUGUUUGGAAUCCUCACUUAUUGAACAUGGUGCAUACAUUGAGUGAUAAUGGAGCUAACAGUAUUUGGGAACAUUCCCUACUAGAUCCCAGCAACUCCAAGAUUAGUAGACGAAAACCACAACCUAAAGAUUCCUUGCAUCCAGUAAAGGCAGAUUUUAUUAAAGCCAAGCAUCAACACUUGGCCUUUAUAUUACGACCAAGCAAGGAAGAAUGUUGUACCGAGGAGGAACUCAAUAGACAGUUGCACAGUAGCGUUCGGACAAGUAAUUUAGAAACUUCAUUGAGGCUAUUGGCACAAGGAGCCAACCCUAAUUAUUUUUAUAAGGAGAAAGGAACUACACCUUUACACGUGGCAGCUCGUGCUGGACAAGCUCUCCAAGUAGAACUUUUAAUAGCUAAUGGUGCAAACCCGAGUGUAGUUGAUUUAAAUGGACAAACAGCUGCUGAUAUUGCCAAAAUGGCAGGACAUAUAGAUUUAUCUGAACGUAUAAUUGAAUGUAUGUACGAUGUAACAGAUAGACUGACAUAUCACGUAUGUUCUCGUAAACCAAGUCAUCGAGGCGAUCAACAUCUCAUUAAUUCCGAUUUGGCUUCUUUCUUGGAUAAAAAUGAGUUAGCUUUGGAAGGUAGAAGCAGAUUGCAAAUGUUACCAAAUCAUUUGCUGGAGGAGUUAGCCAUGGAUGUUUACGAUGAGGUGGAUCGCCGGGAAACAGAAGCAAUUUGGUUCUCAACUGCGUCCCUCCCGGAGAAAUGUACUGUUCCAUUUUUGCCAGUUAAUCCACAAUUGUCAUCUACUAGAAAUCAAGGAAGACAAAAAUUAGCGAGAUUCACGCCGAAGGAAUUCACUACUCUUAUCGCAGAUUUACUAAUUGAGGCGGGUCGAAGACACAUGCUUGCUAAUAAUGCACUUCAAAAUCCUGCAGUAUCUAUGCUUCGCAAAGAGCAAGUUGGUAAGCAUGGAUCACAAAUGUCUGAUGAUGAACCUUUGUACGACAGUGUUGCAUCUGAUGAUGACUAUGCUGCUCUAACAUCUACAGAUAAUACUUCGUCUGAUGUCUCAAACCAGCUUAAAAUUAAUAACGAGGAAGUAUUUACGCCAAUUUCUAAGGGUCUUCCGUCCAUGGUAGAAGUUUUGAAAAAACAGUUGACCCUAUCUGAAUCAACCGUUCGAGAUCUUCGUGAGCAGAUACACACUCUGCAAACCGCCAACGAGCAACUCGCUCAAGAAAAUAACAAGCUGAAACAUAUGCUACAAAUUAAAGCUUCUGGUGAUGGCAACAUGAAUGGACAUGUUGGUGGAGAACAGGAACCUGAAUUAGAGCCAGUGCACGAUAUCAAAACAUCCACUAUACGCGGAAAUCAACGACCGGCAUCAAUGUACGAGACUAGAGAAGGUUUACGGAAACCAGCGUCAUGGUCAACAACCAUUUGUCAAACAAAACGCGACAUUGAACCUUUAUCGCGGAAUAACACGCAAAGUUUGUGGGAAUGUGGUGCGCCUAAUUUGCCACCCAGUGAAGAGGUAACUCGACGAACGGAACAAGUUACUAGGCGAAUUCAAGAGCUGUGGAUGGCUAUGCAAGAUCCAAGCCAACGAGAAGCUUUUGUUCCUUGUGCCGAGAGGAUACGUGUAGCUGUUGCCGAAUUAACCGCUAUAUUUCCUCAGAAUCCAAUUGAAGAGAAUAUCAGGUCUGCCUUACGCCAAUUAAAUGGUAAUACCGGGAGACUUCAAGCAGAGUGUUCUGGUCUUCAAAGAUGCACCAGUGAUGCCGAACACAUGGAUCGUUGUUUGCAACAAGUACGUUCGUGCGCUUACGAUAUUGCCAAAGCAACUAAGCUACUUGUUACGCAAUUUCAAACGUAGAUUUUCUCGCAAUGUCACAGAAAAAGUAUUGAAUGAUGCCUUUGUUUUUUACCAAAUCUACUAAAUAUUUUUUUUCUUUUGAGUCUUGAUUACAAUUAGUUAUUAAUUAAUUAUUGUAAUAUGCUUUAUAUGUAUAUGUAUAUACAUACAUAUAUAAAGUAUUUACAUUUUAUAAUAAUUCCUUUACUUAUCCUUCUGUUAAGUUUAAUAAAUAUUGGAGCAAAAUCACUUUUUUUUCUAUUAUUAUUAUUAAAUUAUUUAAUUCUUAUAAUGAAACAAUAAAAACAUACUUUAAAAUUAUUUAAAUAACCAUGAUUGAAUGUAAUCUAACAAAGACAUGACAUUGAUUGAAUAUAUACAGGAUGAGUUUUAAUUCCUGUGUCAACGCCCUAUCACAGUGGUACGCAAUCUUUUAUAAAUUAAGAGCCAUUUUCAGAAAUAGGCAAUCUCUUGCGGAUCGGAUAAAUACACACAUACACACACACGUGCGUGCGCGUGCAUGUAUAUUUAUGGGUAUGUACAUUCUGUUUCACGUAUAAUGUAUAUGAUGCAUCAUUUAUUCUUAUUGUUUAACUAAUGUUAAACAAGCAUAUAUGUUGCAUUAUGCGCAUCAUAUAUGAAACAGAACGUACUGUAUGUUAAUAUGAAAACAUAUGUAUGUAUAAUAGAUAGAUAAAAAAAUUUAUAUCUUAAUACUAA